AUGGUGUCGGCUGAUUUCAAAACCAGGAUCUGUGCUCCGUGGCAACGCGCGUUGGUGGUUCGUCUGCUUGGUCUCAAACUCAGAUUCUCAACUCUGUGCGCUCGUCUGCAGGGCUUAUGGAAACCUGCUGGCUCAAUGGAAGUCAAAGAUCUUGAUCACGGCUGUGUCCUAGUCAAAUUCAGCAAUGAACAAGACUACUUCCGAGCUCUUACAGACGGCCCUUGGAUGAUUUUUGAUCAUUAUCUAGUGGUUCAGCAAUGGUCGCCUAAGUUCAAAGUCUCUGAUCCCCUGCCGAAGACUAUGAUCGUUUGGGUGCAGCUCCCGGGUUUGAAGAUACAUUUUUAUCACAAGGAGGUGCUCACGACAUUAGGAAACCUUAUUGGAAGGACCAUUAAGCUCGACUACCACACUCUGAAUCAACAACGUGCAAAAUUUGCCAGAUUGGCCAUAGAGGUGGACUUGGGCAAACACCUUGUACCUUGGAUCUGGUUGGACGAUGCUUGGCAAAAGGUCGAAUACGAGAAGCUCCCGGCGAUCUGCUUCGAAUGUGGAAUAAUUGGGCAUGUGGAGGAGAAGUGCCCGGAAAAAUUUCCAUCGCUACCGCCAGCAACGCUCACCACCUCCGACAUCGCAAUCCCGGUAGCAGUGGCGGCGGGAUCGAUGAAGGAGCCAAAUCCGGGCUUCGAACCAUGGCUACUGGUCCCACGGAAGAGUAGGCGGACUCAAAGGGAUGGUGACAGAAAGGGAAAGAUAGCGGGGAAUUCGAGAAUUUUUGCUUCGGGGAAUCAGAUCAAUUCGGUAAACAAAGUGACUAAUGGGAGGGGAACCUCCCCAUUUAGGGAAAGAGGAAUCUUCGCAUCCUCUACCCCGAUGUCGAAGCUAUUGAUCCAAGAAAGGAAUACAAGCAACGGGAAGAAAAUAGGUGAUGAAGGGGAAACCAAAGCCUAG